UCCUAGCGUAGAGACGUCACCGGCGCCCUUCAGCGCGGGUGGAAGAUGGCGUCCGCUACUCGUGUCAUCCAGUUGCUGCGGAACUGGGCAUCCGGGCGAGACUUACAGGCGAAGCUGCAGCUGCGUUACCAGGAGAUCUCCAAGCGAACUCAGCCUCCUCCCAAGCUCCCCGUGGGCCCCAGCCACAAACUCUCCAAUAAUUACUACUGCACUCGCGAUGGCCGCCGGGAAGCCAUGCCGCCCUCCAUUGUCAUGUCCUCACAGAAGGUGCUGGCGUCGGGCAAGCCAGCAGAGAGCUCAGCUGUAGCAGAGACUGAGAAGAAAGCUGUGACGCCGGCUCCUCCCAUAAAGAGGUGGGAGUUGUCCAAGGAUCAGCCAUACCUGUGAACUGCCCUGGAGCACCUGGCUAAGCCCUCAGGGCCACCAGAGUGCUUCUCACUACUUGGACUCCUUGGAUUCCCUCCGGGGAGAAUGUGACCUAAUUUAUAAAAAUAUAUAUAUUGUGCUCUCCA